AUGGCGCACUCAGCCAGCUCCAGGCCCGCGGCCCGUCCUGCUCUGCCCGGCCUCGGAGCCCCAGCCUCUCCUGGGGCGGGAAAGGGCAUCUCCAUUCCCCGCAGCUGUCCCCAGGGGCGUUCGUUCCGGACAAACAGCCCCGGCUCUCCAAGCCCCCGCGCGUUCCAGCUGCGCGCGCUCACUCGGGAGCGCGGAGCGCACGGCGGGCGCCGGCGUCCGUGUGGCCCUCCAGCCGAUCCAUCCACCCUCCGGGUGGGCGCUCCCACCGCGCGGCCCCCGCGCCAGCUUCCGGAAGGCGACACGGAACGCGGCUGCGGGAGGGGAGACCCGGGAGGGCCGCGUCCCCGCGGGGAGCGAGCUGCAGCCGCCAUGGAGACGCGGACGCGCCGCGGGCCGGGAGGCUGCAGGGCGGCGCCGGGCCUCCCGCCCCCCACGCCGGCCCCGGCCUCCCCCACGCACCCCGAGCCCGACGCGGAGCCGCGGCCCCGCCGCCCACCUGCUGCCGGCGCGGGCGUCGGUCCGGCGGGCGCCGCACUUACCCCAGGAGGCGAGCAGCAGCGCGGCCAGGGGCAGCGGCCCCGCGCGGGCCCGCAUCGUCUCCGGCGGGGCGCGGGGCCGGGCGAGGCUGCUCCGCGCCGAUCCUUCCAGAAAGCCUCAGGGAAGCCCUCGGGCCGGGACCGGCUCAGCACCGCGGCCAGCGGCCUCCCCGCCCACCCGGGCUCAGCACCGCGGCCGCGUCGCGGGGGGGCCCAGGCGGCCGGGCCGUCGAGGGGGGCCGCGGCGCCCGCCCUCGCCCCUCCUCCUCGGAGCCCGGCCCGGCGGGGGCCGCCGCCGCCCGGAGCUCGGGCCCGGCGCCCCCCGGCUGGGCGCGUCCCUCACCCGGGCCACCCGUGCGGGCCGCGGAAUCCGCCCCGUGGGUCGCGGACGCGGGGGCAGCGGGACUGGGAGGGGGGCGGCAGCGCUCCGAGAGACCGAGCCCCUUCCCGGCGCCAGCCGCGCCGCGCCGGAGAGCGCCGUCGGUCUGGACAUGCGCAGGCGGCCUCCGCCCCGCGGCCCGCGCGACCCUCCCCCGGGCCCGCGUCCCCUCCCCCGGGCCGGCGCGCCCCGCCCCGUCCCACCCGCCGCCCGGGCAGGGGCGGAGCCCGGCGCGCCGCGCUCGCCUCCCGCCCCCCGGGGACGCUCGGGGCCCCCCGGGCUCUCCACGUCCCCGUGCCCGCACCAGCCCCGCCCUCCGGGCGCCCCCCGCGCCCCCGCCACGCGGCGCCGGCCCGGCUCCGGGAAGGGGAGGCCCCGCGCCUUCCGAGCGCUGAUGUCAUCGGCAGCGUCCACAGCCCGGCCCCGGCUUCCCCCGCGCCCCCCGCCCCGUCCUCCCGGCCAGCCUUGGCCCAGCCUCAGGGGAACCGGUUUCCAGCGCCACGCGCGUGGCCGCCUGCCCACGGGCUCGUGGAGGGCGAGGCGCACCUGUCCCCGAGCCCAGGGGCGAUCCGGGAGAGGCGGCGACCAGGGCGACCCGGAACUGCGAGGCUCUUCUCUGGCCCUGCGCCCGCCCCGCCCUGCGCCCCCCUCCCCCAGCCCUGCGCGCCCCUCUCAGGCCUGCACCCCCUCCCCGCCCUGCGCCCCCCGCCACGUUGCUCUAACAAGGCAGAUUUCACAGCUGAGAUGGCGCCCGGGUCCUGGCAGUGGCCUCAGCACUGGGUCACAAGCUCGGGCUGA